AUGGCAGACAUAAUGUCCAUGGAUAAGAACGACAACAUCAAGCAUGACUCUGAUGACUCGCUCGACUCGGGCGACGAGGGCAUGCAAGCUCCCAACGGUAGCAACCACGCUGCAUCCAACUCGCAGGAUGGCCAGCCGGUAAAGCGCAAGGGCGGCCGCAAGCCGAUAUACGCCACGUCAGAGGAGCGCAAGCAGCGGAACCGCCAGGCGCAGGCCGCCUUCCGCGAAAGACGAACUGAGUACAUCAAGCAGCUCGAGGAAACUAUCCGGGUGCACGAGCAGAAUUUGCACAACUUGCAGACGGCCCACCGGCAUGCUGCCGACGAGUGUCUUAUGCUGCGGUACAAGAACUCUCUAUUGGAGCGCAUCCUGCUCGAGAAGGGCAUCGAUGUGCAAGCAGAGCUUCGCGCCAAGACAGGAAGUCCCAGUCUAGGUCCCACGCAUAUGCCACAGAACAUGGUGCAACCACCACCAAUUCCCCGGUCCAUCUUGAACCGUCACCAUGCGCGCAGAUCCAACUCUAGCAUCGCACCGAAGCUCGAACCUGGCGUAGCUUCCCUGCCCGGCCAUCCCACUCCUACGUCUGUGGUUGCAUCACCAAAGAGCCGGCCCACACCAUCGUCUCACUCGGCCUCACCUACCGCCUCGACUUCGGCUUACGGUGCAUCGCCUGCUGCUUCUAUCAACGACCCUUCGUCUUCCAUCCGACCUGUUCUCCCUGUGCCUCCGCCACCUCCACAGAUGAUGCAAGCGCACCAGGCGCAUCAGGCUCACCAAGCUGAAUACGACGCCGCCGACGAUAUGAUCGAAGACCCGAACGAGAACCCCGAUACCCCCGCCGGUCCGUACGCCAACCACGCCUAUUCGACUGGUCCCCCGCCGUUGAGUCUCGCGAGUCCGGCCGCGAGCGCCCCACCUUCGACAGCAUCUUCCGUUAUCGGCGGCCAAAACGGAUAUCCAUCUAUGACGCAGCUUCUCGACCCUGCUCUGGAUUGGGACCCUUUCGGUCUCAGCGCGAGCAUGCAGUUCCCCACUCAGUUCUCAUUCGAUACGAGUAACACGAGGUGA